UUCAUCGAAGAUAAAGUUGUUUGGAUUGAGUAGUUGGACUUGUUAAUCUUUUAGGUGUAUUCAACCAUAGGUGGAAGGAGGGUAUUUAGUGGUCGGCAACCCUAUUUAGCUAGUAACUCUCACGCUGUGUAAUUCUUACGACACCAGCGCGUGAUCAGUGCAUGAUUUCUUUGUUCUAACCGUAUCACAGCGGCAUGAUAAAUUGUUGAUAAACAUUCGCCAUCUUUCUGCGAGAAGUUGAUGCAGAUAAAGCAUUGAAGCUAAAUUAAAAUUUACUUAGAAUUAAGCUGUGUUGAGAGAUUUGCCGUUAACUUGACGGGAAAGACUAAACAAUGCCACGCAAAAGACGGAGCACAGCAGCUACAAAUAGUCCCAGGAAAAAGUCUAAGACAAAUGGGUCUUCAAUGGCUGACGAUGGUGAACCGAAUAACUACAUCGGGGUUGAUCUCCAGGCCGAACCUAGCAAUAACUUGUUACCUUCACAACAGCCAGCCAGCUCCAAUACAUUAAGUAAAACUCAAAUGGCUGAAGUUGUGUCCGCAGUGGUAUCUGAACUGUCGAGUAGGGGGAUGAUUGUCACUGAAAAACAAAAUGACAUUCCUGUGGCACAACCAGCAAGGGACAAUGCAGACUUGGGUGUGAUUGAAAAUUCUGUCCGAAAUGUUUUGGGUUUGCAAAACCAAGACGAACCAGUCCUACAUGUAAGUGGAGAGAAUCCAUCAACUUCAGCCGAAGCAAGAUCUCCUGUGCAGUUGCCCAAAGGAAGCAUUUCAGUGCUUACCAACGCUGUCACAAACCCCAGUCAAAUUGCCACAGAGUCUUCUAGUGAUCUGAACAGCUCAGCCCUCCAUGUCAUGUCUCAUGCAUUGGCGAAUAGGACAAAGCAAAGCUAUUUUAGUUAUUGGAAAAAAUUUGUACAAUUUUGCAUUAAGAAUGAUGUUAUUGUUACUUUGCCAGUUCAAAGUCCUGUAUUCAUAAAUUUCCUUGCUCAUUUAUACGAUUCUGGCUUUAGAGUAAGCACAAUACAUUCUGUAGUGUCAGCACUAAGUUACAUUCAUAAAGCUAUGGGACUCCCAGAUUUGUCAGGAAGUUUUUUGUUAAAACAGUUUUUGAAAGGGGCACACAACUUGUCUACAUAUACUGCUGACACUAGAUUACCAAUCACAUUUUCAAUACUGAGCAAAAUAAUCAUGGCUCUUCCACAUACCAUUUUGCUAUUAAAUGAACGAAUUAUGUUCGCUGCUAUGUGUAAUUUGGCAUUUCAUGGGUUUUUAACGUAUUGGAGAAUUUUGUAUGAAUUCUAAAACUGCAGAGUCUCAGAUUAUUCAUCGUAGUGAUGUGAAAAUGAUAUAUGAAGAGGGCGAAGUUAUUGGGUUAGAAUUGACAAUUAGAAAAUUUAAACAUAGUGUUGAACCAGUUUCGUUAUUCAUACCUCGAAAUAAGAAUAAUGCCUUAAUGUGCCCACUUCAGUCCAUGCAGAAAUUUUUGAAAUUUCAAGUCAUUUUGAUGGCCCAUUAUUUCAGUUGCCAAAUGGCACAAUAGCUACAUAUUCAUUUUUUAAUUCGCAUUUGGCGAAUACAAUAAAUUUUUUGGGUUUUAACCCGCAACUGUAUAAAUCUCAUUCCUUCAGAAUCGGUGCUGCGACUUACGCAUCUAUGAAAGGAUUUUCAGAUGAUGCAAUAAUGAAAAUGGGCCGUUGGAAAUCACAUGCUGUGAAAAAGUACAUAAGGCUACCAAAAUUGUCGUUGAAAUACCAUGUCUUGUCUGAUUUUGAUAUUAGUAUAAUAAGUGUUUUGAGUUUUUUUAUAAAAGUGUUAAGGAAAGUAUUUUGCAGUCUUAAUACUUGUAUUUGUUAUCCCAGUGUUAACUGUAUAAUCACUGUUAGAGCAUGGUUUAUUAUUUUAAGUUAAGAUAAUACUGUAACAAAUCGUUGGUAAAGAGUGCUUGACGUUAUCUGUAUAUGUCUAGGUUUACAUAUAUCUAUCACAGGAACAGUUACACUGUUGUGUAGUUCAGCAUAAGACUGCUACACAUAUGACAAUUUUUCAAUUUGUUUUGAGAUGGUUAAGUUAUCAUGAUUGUUGUUUAGGUUUCAGUAAAAUUGUUUUUGUUUAAUUCAUGAGUUUGUCUGUAGUUCAGUAAAAGGCUGCUGCAGAUUUAAUUAGAUGAACAAUGUUAAUGUGAUUGUAGCCCAGUUAAAAGCUAGUUUAUAGCUGUAAAUGUUAAUGUGCUUGUAGUUCAGUAAAAGGCUGCUACAAAUCUGGUUAUAUUUACAAAUGUUAAUGUGCUUGUAGUUCAGUAAAAGGCUGCUAAAAACUUGUUUAUAUUUGAUGAUGUAAAUAGACUCGAAGAACUGUAUAACUAGUAAAUGUAAAUGCAAUUGUAGUCCAGUACAAGGCUGCUACAAGUUGUUUACAUAUAUUUAUAGAUUAUUGCAUUAUUGUGUUCGACAUAUACUAGCAUUUAGAUAUUUUGUGGUUAUUAUAUGUGUGAUCAUUUUAAGCUUUGAUUUUCAUAAUUUUGCUAGUAUUUAGAUUUAGUCUUUUUGUUUUUUCUUUUGAAUUUGAUCCAGUUAAAAUCUUAUGUGCUUUUUGUGACAUUUUUUAUAUUGUGUAUAUAAUCUUCCUUAAUCGUUAGGUAGUAGUCAGCUGCACAGAGUGGGGUGGGUCAUGCAACUUUGUUGCAUUAUUUGGCGGUUCUGAUGACCCACCUUUGCUUAGCAUUCUUAGUAAAAUAUUUUGUAAUUCAUUAGUUCAUAAACAUUUGGUAAAAAUAUAAAGAUUUAUUGUUAAGAACAGUCAUUUUAAAAAUAAAUGACAUUUAUUCAUUCAAGUAGUAGUUACUUAUUUGUUGUAUCCUUAAGCAAAUGAACUCACUCUGUGCAGCAGUCAUUGGUAUUUUAGUCCAACGGAUUCCAUUCAAAUGUUACUUUCAUCGAAGAUAAAGUUGUUUGGAUUGAGUAGUUGGACUUGUUAAUCUUUAAGGUGUAUUCAACCAUAGGUGGAAGGAGGGUAUUUAGUGGUCGGCAACCCUAUUUAGCUAGUAACUCUCACGCUGUGUAAUUCUUACGACACCAGCGCGUGAUCAGUGCAUGAUUUCUUUGUUCUAACCGUAUCACAGCGGCAUGAUAAAUUGUUGAUAAACAUUCGCCAUCUUUCUGCGAGAAGUUGAUGCAGAUAAAGCAUUGAAGCUAAAUUAAAAUUUACUUAGAAUUAAGCUGUGCCACCACCUCCCCUCCACCUCCAUUUAUUGACGAUUGAUGAUCUUGUACAUUAUAAUGUUUGCAUGUAGGCGGUUCUGAUGACCCACCUUUGCUUAGCAUUCUUAGUAAAAUAUUUUGUAAUUCAUUAGUUCAUAAACAUUUGGUAAAAAUAUAAAGAUUUAUUGUUAAGAACAGUCAUUUUAAAAAUAAAUGACAUUUAUUCAUUCAAAUCAAAUAUAUUAUAGGGUCAUUUUCGACAUUGUGUUAUGUAAUAUUUAGAUGAUGUUUGGUAUCACUUUCUUAAAUGAGAUCAACAA